AGCGAGAGGUGCAUUAUCUUUCGUCAACAAUGUAAUGUUCGACUUGAGAUGUUUUUAGGAGUUUACCAGUGUUUGAGAUGUAAAAUCAUUGUUUUUAAAGCCUGAUAAGUAAAAGUGGACAUGGAGGACCAUAACGAGGAGCUCAAUGUGGCUCCAGAACUCUACUUUCUGAUAGCGAAAUUUCUUUCUGGGGGACCUCUUAAGGAAACUGCUAAGACUUUGCUGAAAGAGUUGGACAGCGUAGAGGUGCUGCCCAGACGGCUUGAUUGGGAAGGCAACGAACAUCCGCAAGCUUACAGUGAAUUGGACUCUCAAUAUUCAGAUGUAUCUUCAAAAAGGUUAUUGGCUGUGUGUGAGCAGGCAUUACGUUUGGCUCAGUCCCGGGCUGUUGCUCCGGACAUUAACAAUGAACAGCAACAAACGGAGCGGCAAAAGCUUAGUGCUAGACUGUCACUACUCAGUGAAUCUCUUGUAAGGAACAAGCCUGAGUAUGCAUCAUUUAAAGAAGACCAUACACUGGUGAGAAGGUUGUUAGCUCGCGAGCUCGGAGGCGGCUAUGGCGGCGCUGGUAACGGCUACGCAUUGGCCACCGCACCCAAACCAUUUCCCAGAAGAAUACUCAAAGGCCUGCAGUUGCAAAGAAGGACACUCGGACAUUUAUCAGCCGUUUACUGCUUGGUGUUCGAUUGUACCGGAAGAUACGCAGUCACUGGCGCCGAUGACUUACUCGUUAAAGUAUGGAGUGCUAUGGAUGGGAGACCGCUGGCCACACUGCGAGGGGCGGGGGCAGAGAUAACAGACGUCUGCGCAUCGUCAGAUGGAGCUCUAUUAGCGUGCGGUUCUGUUGAGAGACUGGUGCGAGUGUGGUGCCUGAAAACUGGGGCGCCGAAGGCAGUGCUCUCGGCUCAUGCGGGCACAAUCACAUCUGUUCACUGGUCACCUUUGGGCGGAGGUUCGCACGUUCGCCUUUUGGCCUCCACGUCUACAGAUGGUUCGGUCGCGUUUUGGACGUGCGCCGCCGACGGACAGUUCCUAUCUCAGCCUGUACAGUAUGUGGAGAGGAUGCGGCCGGGAGCGUGCCACAUGAUCUGUGCCGCAUGGUCGGCCGGAGGCGCAUUUCUUGCGGCGGGCAGUGCGGAUCAACAUGUCAGGGUUUAUGCUGCGGGCGUCGGCGGCGCGGGUGGCCCAAAGAGAGUGUUAGAAGCGGCAGUCCACACCGACGCAGUGGAUUCCUUAGCCUGGGCGAGGAGAGGCUUGCGAUUCGUGUCGGGAAGUAAAGACGGAACGGCUGCUCUGUGGCAGUUACACGCAACGCAAUGGAGACACACUCUCCUUAAAGCGACUACUGAGGAUACCAGCAAAAAACUGAAGGUGACCAUGGUGUGUUGGGAUUGCAGUGAUGAAUACAUAAUGACUGCUGUAUCUGACCACACAGUGCGAGUUUGGAGUUCUCGCACUGCGACCCAAUUGCGUUCGCUGUCCGGCCACAAGGACGAGGCGUAUGUUUUGGAGGCUCACCCAAUUCUGCCUGGAGUACUGCUGUCAGCGGGACACGAUGGCCUGUUGCUAGUAUGGGACGCUCUAACCGGGGAGGAGCUGGCGAGGUUUCACAAUCUGAUCGAGGGGCAGGGCGAGGGCGCGAUAUUUGACGCGAAGUGGGGGGGCGCCGGGCACCUCGCCGCUGCCGAUUCCCACGGUCACCUGCUGCUGCUGGGGCUCGGGGCCGGACAUCCUCUGCUAGCUCGACUCCCCACGGAGCUAUUUUUCCACACAGACUAUCGGCCCCUAGUUCGCGAUGCUCUCGGAGGUGCGUUGGACGAGCAAACGGAGUUGCCCCCGCAUCUGAUGCCUCCGCCGUUCCUAGUGGACGUGGAGGGGGCGCCCCACGAACCGGAGUACCAGAGGCUCGUUCCGGGACGAGAGAACUUGGCUCUGGAUCAAUUGAUGCCCGCUGCGCGGAGCAGAUUGGACGCGAUGAUAGAGGCGCUAGCGAACGAGCCGGCGACGCCCCCGGCCCACGGCGGCGGGGUGUGGCGGGGGGAGGGGGUGCGGCACACGGCGGGGGCGUGGCAGGCGCUGGACCUGCCCCUAAGCACGCGGCCGGUGGUGCCCCAACUGCCGCAGUCGGUGCGGGAUCACAUAGAGAAGGCGGCGGCGGAGCUCCACGAGCUGGAGCUGAGCUGGUACAGGCGCGAGAUGCGGCGGCGGCCGGUCAUGAUCAGCACGGCCGGGGCGAACGACCCCGCCCGCCGCCGCCCCGGCAGGAGACCCCGCCCGGCGCACGCGGCCCGCGCCCCCCGUGAAGCGAGACCCGCACCGAGACAAACGGCGCCGCGCGUAGAGGAGGAGAUAGUGGAGGCGGAGGAGAGCGGGUCGAGCGACACCUCGGACGAGUCGGUGCGGCUGUCGGGCUCGCAGUCGUCCCGCUCCACGCGCUCCGAGCGGUACACGAGAUCUACGCGCUCGCAGCGCUCCAGCGUCUACAUCUCAGACUCUGAUUCUGACAGCAGUUCGUCGGCCAGCGGCGGUAAGCAGUCGGCGUCGUCGGCGUACUCGGACUGGGAGGCGGGCGCGGCGCUGCAGCCGCCGGCGCGCGCACGCAGACGACCCGCACCCAGAAAUAGAUAUAGUCCAAGUGCGGCAAACGCCAAGCGUGCGGGCGCGGCUGGGCCGACUGCCGGUACAUCCGGCACCACCGGUCCGGCUGCCGGUACGUCCGGCACCGCCGGUCCAUCCGGUAUCGCCGGUCCGGCUCCUGCGGAGCUGCCGGAGGUGUACCGCGUCGGCGAGUGGCUGACGGCCGUGUCGCCGAGGAAGGCGCCCUAUCAUCCGCAGAUGGGCGACCACCUACUAUACUUUAGACUGGGGCACCAAAGGUAUUUUGAAGCAGUUGCUGAGAAAGACGUGUACAAGGUGAAUCCUCGAGAUAAGCCCUGGGAACGAGAUCACAUACGAGAAUGCGAGCAGGUGCAAGUGAUCGGCAUGAAGUACGUGAUAAAGCCGCCGCGCGUGGUUUGCCUGAAGUUGUCGCGGGCCGGUGGGCGAGCGCUCAGCGUGCGCUACCACGACAUGCCAGACGUCAUCGACUUCCUCGUGCUGCGGCACCACUACGACGCCGCCGUGCGCCGCCGCUGGGGGCCCGGUGACAGGUUUCGUUGUAUGAUCGACGACUCGUGGUGGACGGGCGAGGUGCUGGAGCGGCUGAGUUCAGCGCCGGGCGCGUCCGCCGCGCCGCCCGCGCCCUUCGGACCCGAAGACGAGUGGGCGGCUGAGGCGGCAUCUCAUUUCCUGUCGCUGCGCGUGCGGUGGGACAAUGGCGAGGUGGAGCGACUGUCGCCGUGGGACCUCGAACCCCUCGACCCUGAGAGACUGCCGUCGGAGCCGGGGGGCGCGGUGCCGGUGUUGCGCCACGAGCUGGAGGCGGUGGUGGGCGCAGUGCACGACUGGCCGUCGCGCGCCUGUGCCACCAUCGCUAACCACAUUUCUCAGGUGAUGACGCUGUCGGCGGCGGAGCCCUUCGUGGCGCCGGUAGACCUUCAGCUGUACCCGGCGUACGCGCUCGUCGUGCCCUACCCCGUUGACCUGGCCACCAUACGAGCGAGGUUCGAGAAUAAGUUCUACCGUCGUGCGGCGGCGGCUCAGUUUGACGCGCGUUACCUGGCUAGCAACGCGGAACAGUUUAACGAGUCGCACUCCCCCAUCGUCCGCCAGGCGCGCCUCGUCACCGAUCUGCUGUUGUAUAUCAUCAGUAACUGGGAGGACGUGGACGUGGUGGCGAAGUAUCACGAGCUCGCCGCCUCCUACCACUCCUCUGAUGAUGAGGUGCUCGCUACCAAGAAACGUACCAAAGAGAAGCGUCGCGGUCGCGUGGGCCGGCCGAAGGGGCGGCGGAAGGAGGAGGCGCACGGCGAGGAGGACGAGGGGGCGUGGCGGGCUGCGUGCGCGUCCCUGCUGCGCGAGCUGUGCGCCUCCGCCGACGCCGAGCCCUUCCGCGCACCCGUGUCGCCCGCGCAGGCUCCAGAUUACCUGACGAUUGUGAGCCGGCCGAUGGACCUGGGCACGGUGUCGACGCGGCUGGCGGCGGGCGAGUACGCCAGCGCCGAGGACUUCGCUGCCGACGUCAGACUCGUCUUCACCAACAGCAGGCUAUACAACACCAACAAGCGGAGUCGGAUAUACUCGAUGACGGUUCGUCUGUCGUCGCUGUUCGAGGCGCUGUGGGCGCUGGUGCCGGCGACGGGCGUGCGGCAGACGCGCCACGGACGCCACGUGCGCCGCCCGUCGCGGCACGCGUCCGCCACGCACGUCAGACUCACAAACGGCGUGAGGGAGCGACGCGCACGCACACGACGCGCGAACAUGCAGGAGAUUAAUGGCGAUGCAUGUGAGCGAGCGGAGUCGGCGGCGAACGGGUCGUGCAGCUCGGAGUCGGAGCCGCUGGCGGAGACGUCGCGCCGCGUGCACGCCGAGCGCGCCGACUCCUCCGACAGUGAUGCGCCGCUGCGACCCGCUGCUAAAGGUAAAGGAAUCGGCAAGAAAAGCAAAAGCGGCCCUAGUGGGGCGUCGUCGUCUACCAGUCGAGUUCCACCCAUUCCAGACUACACGGAAACAAAUGGCGCGGCGUCACAAUCUGACGACCACGACUCUGACGACCACGACUCUGAAUACCACGACUCAGACAACAGCAUAUACACGAGAAUAGAGGUUGUAGAGGAAGAGUUGGCAGACGAUGAGGUCCAAUUAGAGUACGAGCCGCCCGCGCACACCAGGAAAAGAAAACGCAAAAGACGGCGAAGACUCAGCUCGGGCUCGUACACACAAAGCAACCGUAAACAAAGAAAACUCCAUCCAAAACGGACGCGGGAGCCGCGCGAGUCGGGUUCGUGGUCGUCGUCGUCGUCGUCGUGGUGGUCGGGGUCGGAGCCGGCGGGCCGCUACGAGUCCGACCGCUCCUUCCACCCGCAGCGCGUCUCCUCCGACGACGACGCGCCCCUCACUCAUUACAGGCAGAGACAAGAAGACGAACCGGGACCGUCGCGGCCUCUACGCACCUACUCGAAGAGGGGUGGUGUGUCGCUGCGUUCGCGGUUAAGCCCGCGGCGGUACAACGAGGACAGCGAGGAGGACUCGGCGGCGGCGAUCAGCAAACGCCUGCCGCACGCGCAGCGCCGCCUGCAGCAGCGGCUGCAGCAGCAGCGCAUGGCGCGCGCCCCCCACACCGACCACGACUACUUCAACGGCCACGCGCACGCGGGCACGGACGGCUCGGGUUCGGGUGCGUCCGGCCAGGCGCCGGUGUCGAUAUCGUCGCGCGGCCGCGUACGCAAGCUGACCGCCAAGGCGCGCGGCCUGCUCCGCGACUGACCGCCCACACUCCGCCCACCGCCCCGUGCGCCCCGCCGUCUGUCUCCUAUCUGCUCACUGCCACCUAUGACGACUGUAGACUCGAAUGUUAGUAAUGUCAAAACAAAUUCCGCUAAAACUGUAAAUCUAACUGUGUUCUGAUUGGCCGAUUCUAUUGUGCGGUAAACUGAUAGUCUCUGUAUCAGCCUGAGCGUGAUUUGUUUUUUUUUAUUAUCAGUAGUAAAACUUGUUGUAGUUCGGAAGUAUAUUACACUUCUAUCACAGUUAUAUGCUCGCUGGUUAGUGAUGGUUUGAUACAGUAGGUAACAAAACUUGCGGCCCUGGAUAUGUACUGUAUUAUUAUUAAUUUGUUAAGCACAGAAACGCGUGCUUGAAUGAAAAUUGUAACUUGCACAUGGAUAUAACUACAUACUUCGAUUAACUUGUUUUUGGAAAUAGAAAAGCUACAAAGAGUGUGUUGGUUUAAUAUUAAACAAAUUAUUUUUUUAAUUCCAUGUAGUCUUCGCCUAUACCUAUUCUGAAUCUAGACUGAAUAAUGAUUAUGCUAAUGAUUUAUUUAUUCUUUAAAUUUCAUUUCAUAAUAUUCUUUAGAUAAGAACGUCUCGACUAUUGAAAUCAGAACUUGUCAGGAUUAAACUUAGACUUGUUUAAGUUUCUAUAAUAAUUAUUAUAAC